AUGAAGAACGACGCCACAAUAAAUUCGGAGCAAGAGAAGCUGUUAGAAAAUGCCACUCGAGUUGUUAGGGCGGAAUCAUUAGAAAUGAAGCGUUGUCUCGACAAGGGUGAAACGAUGGAUGCUCUGAAGCACGCUUCUCAGUUUUUGAGUGAGUUGAAGACUAGCGAUCUGUCACCAAAAUUUUACUACAGGUUAUAUAUGGAUGCUAUUAGCGAAUUACAACACCUAGAGUCAUUCUUAGUGGAUGAACAUGAAAGGGAUAAGACGAAAAUUGAAAAUCUAUACGAAUGUGUGCAAUAUGCUGGUGCAAUAGUGCCAAGACUGUAUCUCCUGAUAACUAUUGGAGUCGUAUACAUUAAAUGCGGUGAGGAUACUCGACGAAAUAUCCUCAGUGAUCUCGUGGAGAUGUGUCGUGGUGUGCAACAUCCUUUGCGGGGUCUCUUCUUGAGGAAUUAUUUAUUGCAGAGCACCCGAACGCUGCUUCCAGAUAAUCCUGAUCUCACUACAACAGAGGUGAAUGAUUUGCCCGAGUCGGACAAAGAGCCGCGCGAUUGUGACGGAACCGUCUCAGACGCAAUUCACUUUGUGCUAGUGAACUUUGCGGAGAUGAACAAAUUAUGGGUUCGGAUGCAACACCAAGGUCCAUCUAGGGAGAGGGAGAAGAGAGAAAAGGAUAGAAUGGAAUUGCGAAUACUUGUUGGUACAAAUCUCGUUCGAUUGUCGCAGUUGGAAAACCUUACCGAAGACAUGUACGUUAAAGAAGUACUCCCAAGCAUCUUGGAGCAGGUUGUAUCCUGUCGAGAUCACAUAUCGCAGGAAUACCUUAUGGAAUGUGUAAUCCAAGUGUUUGGUGAUGAUUUUCACUUAGCGACGCUGAACGAAUUUCUCAGGGCGUGCGGUGAUUUAGUGCCGGAGGUCAAUGUGAAGAACAUUCUCAUUGCUUUGAUUGAGAGGCUUGCACAUUUUGCUGCAAACCCCGAAGGCAAAGGGAUACCUGCAGAUAUACAGCUAUUCGACAUUUUCUCGGAGCAAGCGAAAAAUCUUGUGAAGAAUCGUACAGAUAUGCCAUUAGAAGACAUUGUUUCGCUUUAUGCUGCAUUGGUUAGUUUAGCGAUAAAAUGCUAUCCCGACAAACCUGAGUUUGCAAAUACAUCAUUCGGGAGCCUCAAAUGCAUUCUGGAAGAGAAGAAGAAAACAGCGAUAGAACCGUUCGAUGCCGUUGGUCGAGAAUUAAUGAAGUUGCUGCGACUACCAGUGGACGAAUAUAACAACGCUUUGAAGGUUGCUGAGCUCACUGAGUUCGUACCGGUGAUGGAAUGUUUCAAUUAUCAUGGGCGCUGUCUGGCAUCAUCCUAUAUCAUCCAGAACAUGCUCGAAUACGGUACCUUGAUGCGAACCGAGGAGGAUGUAGCCGUAAUGUGUGCUGUCUUGCACUCGGUAUUGGUAGAUCAACAAGAUCAACCUCCUAAUGCGACGGAGAAUGAGGACUUUGAAGACGAGCAACACCUAGUGGCACGACUUGUUCAUCUUAUCCAGGCUGAUUCACCAGAUGAACAGUUUUUGUUGCUGAACAAUGCAAGGAAAAUAUUAGGUGCUGGAGGAAAAGUUCGGAUAAGAUACACCCUAGCCCCAAUUGUUUUUGAACUGUACAAAUUAAUCUUACGAUUUGUAGAUUUGAAGGAUGAGGAAAAUUGGGAAGCAAAAAUGCGCAAAAUGUUUAUGUGUGCCAUGGGAACGAUCGGUGCAUUAAUCACCACUGCGGAAAUGUCAGAUCUGCCUUUGAAGUUGUACCUGGAGGGCGCUAUGGUUGCUGACAAGGUUCCCAUGCCGGACGCGGCUUCUGUGGUCUACGAAUUCAUAUCAAAGGCCAUGUCUGUGUUCGAGGAUGAAAUUUCUGAAUCUCGUGAGCGAAUUAGUGCAAUGUCGCUAAUCACUGGCACGAUGUUAGAGAUUCGGAAUUUACCGUCUGAGAGCUGGCAUACUUUAGCAGGGCAGAUCGUUGUUGCAGCUGCCGCUAAGAUGUUCAAGAAGGCGGAUCAAGUGCGUACACUUUGCACAGUGGUGGCACUGUACUGGAAAGGUGAAACGGCAGAGUCCGGAGGACAGAUGAGAAAUGGUGACAAAGUGGUGGAAGUGCUCAAAAAAGCCGGAAAGAUCGCUACGCAAUGUUUGGAACCAAUCGUACAACAACAGCUUUUCAUUCAGAUCAUUAACACGCUCCUAUAUUAUUAUGAAGAUAAUUGCAUGGAGGUGACUGAGGACAUGCUAGUGGAAUUGGUUUCCCGCACCAAAGACAAUGCCGUUCAGUUGGAUGUUAGUGCUGAAGCGGAUGCACUGGAAAAACAUCUUGCAAUGACGUUACAGCACAUCAAAAUGGCAAAGGACAAACGUCCUGGUCUUGCGGAACGUUUGCAAUUAUAUCCGCUAAGAAAAACGGAGCGACUGCGACGGGACGGUCGAUCAGAAAUUGGACCUGGAUCCCUUGGACACGUCUUCGGGAGCAGCGGUGAUAGGAGCAGGUGUGGCUGGAGGGAUGACGUGAAUGCGUCGUGGGGUGCGUGGUCGCUGACGACACUAUUCCCCUUUCGAGUAUGGCCAUUGUUACCACCAUGGUGGACGUUACUAGCGACCAUCGGUAUGGUAUUCGUGACAUGUUUAUACUUGCUGCAUUUGAUCGCCUAUACUUACAGUAAAUAUCGCUUGCAUCGGGUGGUCGAUUUCGACCCGAAUGCAGCUGGAGUGUCAAUUCUCAAACCACUGCUAGGUGUCGAUAAAAAUUUGAAGACUAACUUGCAGAGUUUUUUCACGAUGAAGUUUCCUAAGUUUGAAAUUUUGUUCUGUGUCAAGGACAGACACGAUCCUGCCGUAGGGAUUGUUAAACAGCUCAUGGAUCGUUACCCGGCUGUAGAUGCUCGAAUAUUUUACGGUGGUGAAAUUGUUGGAUUGAAUCCAAAGAUAAAUAACAUGAUGCCAGCUUAUCGCAAUGCAAAAUAUCCUCUUGUGAUGAUUAGUGAUGCAGGUAUUUUGAUGCGAUCUGAUGCAUUGAUGGAUAUGGUGAAUUCAAUGACAGACGAUGUAGCGCUCGUAACGCAAAUGCCUUAUUGCAAAGAUCGCGAAGGUUUUGCAGGAGCGCUGGAACAGAUUUACUUCGGAACUAGUCAUGGUCGUAUAUAUUUGGCAGGCAACUGUAUGCAGUUCGUAUGCUCAACUGGGAUGUCAUCGCUGAUGAGAAAAUUUGUGCUAGAUGAAUGUGGAGGACUGGCUGCAUUCGGAGACGUUUUGGCUGAAGAUUACUUCAUUGGACUAGAAUUCAGUCGUCGUGGCUGGUUAUCAGCAAUAUCCACGCAUCCAGCGUUGCAAAACAGUGCAGAGCCUUCUGUGUCGAAGUUUCAUGCAAGAAUUAGCAGAUGGAUGCAACUGCGGAUAGCAAUGCUUCCUCAUAUGAUGCUUGUUGAGCCUUUGCAGGACUGCUUCAUAGCAGGUGUCAUUGGUUGUCUUUGUGCCAAUCACCUAUUCGAUUUCAAUCCAUACAUCUACUACGUUGUACAUUGCAUAGCUUGGUGUCUAUGUGACUAUGCAUUGAAUCGAUCAAUACAGAACGGAUCGUUGCCGUACAGCAUCUCAAAAUUCGCACGGGCGUGGGCCUUUCGAGAAGUACUGGCACCGUUCAUCUAUAUCCGUGCGAUUCUUACGCCAAAUAUCCAUUGGAGAAAUGGUCGAUUUCGACUUCAUUGGGGAGGGAAAAUCAAAUCUUCGUAG